AUGAUAUUAUCCUUGAAUUUCCUCCUUUGCAUUUUGGCCUUAUUCGGCUUGUCCUUCGCCGAUAAUCCUUCCAUCACCGGACGCAAUGUUCGAGUUACAUGGUCCGAGACUGCAGAUGGCUGGCUCGCACAGCUACAAACCAAAGACGACGAUAAAACCUGGAAGUCUGCCUCCGCACCCCAAGGACAAUAUGGUCUGCUAGCAAAUUAUUCAACUGCACCGCAGGACUCUAGCCGGGUGAAGAAGGGGCAGGCCGGUGACUAUACCGAGUUUCUCCCAGCGAACGUCACACAGCCAGACGAGACGUCCGGCAUUGUGACAACAACAAAUACUGUGGAGAAUGGCACGUUUACUGCGAGAUGGUGGAUUGACACCAGUCGUUCGUGGGAUCUCGUUGCUGUCAAUGUUACUUGGAAGCCAGCUGUUUCCGGCUGGUACUCAAUCCCGAGUCCGCGGCUAGCUGCUGUCCCCGAUGACCAGCUCGGAUGGGGGAUCGUUCCUGGCUAUUGGUCGUCGAGCGAACUCAACUCCGACGAGGAAACCUUGUACAAACUGGUGCAGGGCGUCCCGGACUAUCCAUACGUCUCCAUGGAAGCAAGCACAACCAGUCUCGUGGCCAUUCUAUCCAACAACGGGACAAACUAUAACUUUGCAGUCGUGCCGGAUCCAUCACUGGCACGAGAUCCGAACCCAUCCACAGAUACAUCUGCCCAGGCCCAGUGGAACGUUGGCCUCGGUCUGCGGAGCCGCAAUGGAACCCUUUCACCCACCGCUUAUUAUCCCGUCCUCGGCCAGGCACAGUCGAAGAUGACUGGUGGCGAGAGCAGCGUGUCCGCAACGUUCCUGUACUUCGUCUCUGGGGAUCCUGAUGUCACCUGGUAUGAGGUGAACAAACUAGUGCACAGCGAGAUCUAUCCCAUCUCCGAGUACGACAAACGUGCGAAGAACAUCGUCUCUCUACGCGAGAGGCUCAACAGGAUCCAUGACUUUAUCGUAACCCCUGCAUCGAAGUGGCAUCUCUGGUCAUACCAGAACCUGACCCUCGGCGCAGAAUCCGGGAAACUGUCGGAUGUCGGCGCCAUGUGGUCAAUGCAGCGGUUGACGGGGGAUCCUUUCUUAGCGGAGCAGCGACUGCCUUACGCGCGCAACUUCAAACUGGCACAGCAGGACACCAGCGGAGGUGUCUUCAAUGGCGCUGCCCUGGGAGAGUACUUCAAGAACGGGGGGUUCGUCAGCGAGUUGAUCUGGCUGGGAAAUAGCAACGAGGAUUAUGUCUCGCCCAUCUUCACCACAUUCUACACGCUCUCCGACAUGGGAAACAUUCUCUUGUUCAACCCUGACGACGAGCUGUUGCUCUCGAGGUUCAAACUUGCAGCGGAGAAACUACUCAGUUGGCAGAAGCCUGAGGGUGAAUUCGAUAUCGGCUACCUCAAAUCCAACACAUCCAAGAACAAGUAUCCACACCUGACCGACAAUCGCGCGACGUGGUAUGGGCUUCUAGCCGCACAUAGAGUUCUAGACGGCACGAAGUAUCUCGAUGGUGCGGAGGCCGGUGCUCGGUGGUUCAUCGAAAAUGUCUUGGAGACUGGUCGAUGGCUGGGCGUGUGCGACGACUCGUACCUGUAUCCAGAUUUUGCGACGGUCUUCGCAGCUCAGGCUCUUCUUGACCUCUACAAAGAGACAGAUGACGAACUGUACCGCGAUGCCGCGAUAACAGCAGCCAAGUUCUACACCUUGCACGUCUUCAACCAUCCUGUCGUCGACGACAACACUCACACGAGAAGCGGGGUUACCUACCAUGAUUGGCAGCUCAGCCAGACUGGCCUCACCUAUGAGCAUGCCGGCUACACAGGCACAGCAAACGUCCGAGGGCCAAUCUAUCUGAGCAGCCAUGCGGGCGCAUUCAUCAGGUUCUACGAACUCACGGGCGAUGGAUUCUUCCUCGACCUCGCCCGCACGGCUGCCAGGGGCCGCGACGCUUUCGUUGAUCCAACGAGCAGCAUUCCUAGUUACUACUGGUACCAGGGAAAUACCGGUGGAUCGGCCUAUCCCUGGCACGGGUGGUGGCAUAUCGGGUGGGUGAUGGACUACCUUCUCGCGAGCGCGCACAUGCUUUCCGACGGAGAGAUCGAUUUUCCGUAUGGCUUUAUCACUGCGAAGGUCGGUAGCCACGUCCCUUAUGGGUUCGCGUCAGGGACGGUGUUUGGGGAGGACGCGGAGCUGUGGCAGCCACGCCAUCUGCUCAAUGUGUCCGACCCAGAAAUAGACUACAUCACCGCGCGUUCGACAGACGGGUCGAAGUUAUUCAUCCUACUGAUCAACGAGGCGUCGAGCAAAAAGAAAGUCACCCUGUCAUUGAACCCCCGCACGCUGGUUCCUGGCAAGGUGGCUACUUGGGGAGAUACAUCCACCAAAGCAGGGUCGGUUUCCAAGACCGGUGAUAAUGCCUGGAGCGCCACGGUAGCUGGUAAUGGGCUAACUGUCGCGGUUAUUGAGACAAGCCUCAAGAAUGACCCGCGAGGCCCAGAGUUCAGAUCAUUCAAUAUCACUGGAACUCCUACAGCACCCGUCGUCAGCUGGUCUUUCUGGACAAUAGUCGAGAGCCGCGUCCAGUGGGCGAUUCCGCGCUCGGGAGUGUGGACGUCACUGCCAUCGAGCACAAACUACACCUUCUCCCAGACAAUCAAUCUGGCCAACGUUGACAAUACGACGGAGGUCAAGAUCCGGAUAGCAAGCACGAAGGACAGCUACUCGGGUAUCUCAGACGCGGUUCUUUGGGAGGUGUGA